AUGCCACCAAUUCGCCCACACCACAAAACACGAAAUGGAUGCAAGACAUGCAAGAAACGCAAAGUCAAGUGCGACGAGGAAUUGCCUAUGUGCAAGAACUGCACGAGGAGAGGCAUAGAGUGCGCCUGGAGCAAUACUUCGCAAAAUGAUUUGCUAGAGCCAGGGACUUUUACCCACGCUGCGUCAAGUUCAUCUGAAAAUCUCCCUUCCACGAUAUCGAACUCGACUGGCACUGGCUCGUUCGACCUACUGACCCUCGAACUAAUUCACCACUAUGCUACCACUACUUCGCAUACGCUUUCUCCUGAUCCUGCCUCGGAAAAUGCAUGGAAAACUAUUGCUCCCAAACUCGCGUUCGAUCCUAAAAACCAAUUUCUCCUCUACGCUAUCCUCGCGAUAUCGGCACUUCAU